CGGGCCUGUGGGCUGUUGAGCAGCCUUGGCCUGGACCCUCCGCGUAAAUGGAGCCGGAAGUGGUGGGUGCAAACGUUUCCUUCUCGGCGGGAGACGGCAGCCUGUAUGACGCUGAUGACUGUGACAUCCCGGACCCGGGGGUGCCCCCGGAAAAGAGCGAGCCGUUCGCGAAGCCGCUCCUGGGCCUUUUCACCAGGAGCCGUGGGUGGCAAAGCAAGAGCCUGCGGGACCGCGCCCGCACCCUGUGGCUGCUGCUGCGCGUCGGCCUGCGCAGCUACGUGGAGAAGGAGAAGAGAGAGGAGCUGCGGGCCCGGCGCCUGACCCACGGGCUGGAGCCCCUGCGCUGUCUGGCGGUGGCAGCUGGCCUGAGGGCCGUGGCGCAGGACCUGGCGGGCCAGCGCUUCGUGGUGCUAGAUGGUGCAGGCGGCCUGCACCUGCACAGACAGGACGGCUGGAUGCUGAAGAAGCUGUCGGCUCCUGUGGCCCUCACUGGGCUGGCGGCGGUGGGGGCCCCACUGGGUGCAGUGAGCCGCUUUGUGGGCUGGGGCCCCGUGGGGUUGGCCAUGCUGCGGCCUGACCUCAGCCUGCUGUGGCUGAGCCAGCCAGGGGUGGGCAUGGUGGCGGGCCAUGAGCCCACCUGCUGCCUGCCGGUGCCCUACCUGGGUCUGCUGGUGGUGGCAGAAGCAGGCGGCACCCUGGCCCUCUGGAAGUUCCGUUUAGGGGGCCGCCGCCUGGUGCCAUGUGGGUCACCCUUAGAGCCACCACCAAGCCUCCCAGGGACACUCACGCGUCUGGCUCUGGGACCCCCGGCUCCCCACCAUGCCGCACGCUGCUUUAUGGCCUAUGGCUCCUCCGUGCUCACCUUUGAUCUGCACACCUGGGCUCUCACAGAUGUGCGGCGGGAUCUGCACAAAACCACCAUCUCCGACCUGGCGUACUGUGGGGAGGUCGAAGCCAUGGUGACGGCGUCCCGGGACAGUACCGUGAAGGUCUGGGAGGCUGACUGGCAGAUCCGGAUGGUGUUUGUGGGACACACAGGCCCUGUGACCUGCCUGGCAGUGCUCCCAAACUCGGGCCUCCUGCUGUCGGCCUCCCAGGACGGGACCUUGCGCACGUGGGACCUGCAGGCUGCUGCGCAGGUGGGCGAGGUGGCACUGAGCUACUGGGGUCACGACGGGCCCUCAGGGCUGGUGAGCAGCCUGCUGGCCCCUGCCAGCACCGGCUGGCCAGUGAUGUCCUUGCGUGCCAGCAGCGUGGAGCUGUGGCGCCUGAGCGAGCUGUACUCACUGCUGGCGCAGCUGUCGGCACCGAUCCUCCACCUGCAGGUUGCACCCACCCUGCCCACACCCUUGGACCCGCCCCUGCCCACGCGGCUUGUCUGCGCCUGCGCCGACGGCUCGGUCUACCUGGUGUCUGUGGCCACCGGGAAGACGGUGAGCGCGCUGCUGCUGGAGCCCGAGGACCGCGCAGCCGCGGUGGCCUACUGCCUGCCGUGGGAGGCCCUGUGGCUGCUGACGUGCGCGGGCCACCUGGUGUGUGCCAACGCGGCGCGCUGCCCCAUGCGCGUGCUGCACCGCGUGCCCGCGCCCCCGCCCCCGCCCCGGCCCUGCUCCCUGCACCUCUACAGCCACCUCAGGGACGCCAGCAGCGCGCGCGCCUCCUGGGAGAUGGCGCACCGGCCGCGGGGCGAGCUGUGUCUCGGUGACAAGGCCGGGCCCUGGGAAGACAAGAACCGGUUCCUGCCCGUGGUGGGGCACACGGACGGCGCGCUGUCGGUGCGGGGGCGCUCCCCGAAGCCGGUCUUCCGCGUGGAGGCGCACGGCCCGGGCCCCGUCACGGCCAUCGCGUCCACCCGGAGCAGCGUCGUGUCCUCGGGAGGAGACCUGACGGUGAAGGUGUGGCGGGUCUUCCCCUACGCGGAGGAGAGCCUGAGCCUGCUGUGCACCUUCGCCUCCUGCCACCCGGCCACCAUGCUCUGCGCCCUGGGGCCGCGCGUCACCGUGGCCUUCGAGGACCCGGACAGCGCCACCUACGGGCUGGCGCAGUUCAGCCUGGACCGCGGCCCCCGCUGCGACCACCGGCCCCAGGACGACCCCACAGACCACAUCACAGGCCUCUGCUGCUGCCCCGCGCUCAAGCUGUGCGCCAGCGCCGGCCUGGACUGCGCGGUCCGCAUCUGGACGGCGGAGAACCGCCUGCUGCGGCUCCUGCAGCUCAAUGGCGCCCCGCAGGCCCUGACCUUCUGCAGUAACGCUGGAGACCUGGUGCUGGCGAUCGGUUCCCGCCUCUGCCUGGUGUCCCACUGGCUCUACCUGCCUACGUCCUACCUGGUGAAGAAGCUGCACGAGGAAGUCCCUGAAGUGGUGGAUGACCCUCCACUGCCGCUGACUGGCCAGGAGUCGCUGCCCCCUGCCCAGCUGCAGAGGCUCGCUCACCUGCACGGGGCGGCCAGCCUCAGCACAGCCUUGCCUCUGGCCCACCGUCGCAUGGUCCCCCGCUGCCCGCCCGUGCUGGAGGAGGACCUGAAAGCCCUCAUGGCACGGGACCAUGACCUCCAGCAGCUGAGGUGGAGCCUGCUGACCCCCAAGGCCCGGGGCCCGCUCUCAGGGGAGCAGCACCGAGAAGCCUUUGAAAACUACCUGUAUCUGAUCUAUGGUCCCGGCCUGCUGGGCAUGCAUGCUGGAGGGGAGCCCCACCAGGGCAGCUCUGUGGAUCUCGUGGGGGAGACCGGGACCUGGAACGUGCACCCCGUGUCCAGAGCUGCCCUCAGUCUCAGGCAGUCCAGCCCACCCACUUACCAGCCGGUGCACAGCCAGGCCUCCCAGCUGCUGGCCAGAUCCUCCCUGAGCUCCUGCCUGGGGCUGAGUCUGGAUCUGCAGCUGCGGGAGGAGCGGCACAGAGGGAGGACGUACACUGUCCCAGAGCCACCAGCCACACAGCUGCAGCACAGGGUCCCCCUGCUGCUGAAGAGACGGCCCCAGGAGCAGCUCUCCCAGCUCCGGGGCUUCUUUCCCGCCACCAUUGAGUCCUACGAGUGCUCCAGGCCACCCAUAUGCUUCCCCAGCUAUGUGCCUAACUCGGUGGUGCUGCAGCGGAUGUGGCCGCAGGGCAAAGUCAGCGGCCAAGGAGCCCUCACGGAGCUGGCGAGCCGCCAAGAGAGCAAGAAGAGGAGCGAGGACAGCCUCUGGCUGCCUCUGCACAGGCGCCACACCAGGAAGUGGCCCCUGAAGCUGAUCCCGAGGGCGCAGGCAUGGGAGGAGCAGUACCUCUCCUGGUCUUCGGGCUCCCAGAGCCCCCCCAGCCAGCUCUCCGACCUGCUGGAGUCCUUGGAGCCAGAGACGCCACCCUCUGAGCUCUUGGUGGAGUCCUUCCCGGAGCGCCAGGGCCCCCAUGACAAAGUGGCAGUGGAGACACACUUCCCGCCCCGGCGCCUACUCAGGCAAAAUCGCUUCCGGCACCUGCCCAGUUUCCUGCAUUUCUUCGCCAUCCAGAACUGGUUUAAAAAGUUGUUUCCCAUCUUCACGCUGAAGAUGUACCCCGAGGGGGCCACGCCGGGGGGCCUGGCCUCUCUGUUCCUGGACCUGCUGGAGGGCGUGCCCUGGACUGAGCGGGUGCACAUCCUGUGGGCGCUGCUGAGGCUGAUGCCAGACCUGAGCCGCCAGUUGUGCAGCCGGCUGCAGGACAUCCUCAUGCGCCUGCUCAACCUGGACCAGUACCCCAGCCUGCAGGACCCCACGCAGAGGCAGUUCGUGAUCCUGGCGCUGCAGCUGCUCCUGGCCUGUUCCCUAGAUGCCAGCGAGGUGGUGCUGGAGCUCAUGGCCUACUUCCUCUGCUCACCAGCCUCCUCCUGGUUUGAGCUCAAGAAGCUGCUGGAUGGGCUGGGUCUUAAGGACCCACAGGGCUUCCUGUUCAAGGAGAUGAUGAGCUGGGUGCAGGCCCAUGACAUCCGCUCCAAGGCCUCGCUGCGCAGAUGCUGCCGCCAGAAGCUGGAGGACAUGAUGACCCGGCACCUGAAGGUCCAGAUGGAGCUGCUGUCCCCCUCCACAGCCAGGCUGUCAGACAUGCUGGCCCAGGUCUCCCAGCCCUUGGCACUGCCUGCUCCCCCCAAGGAGACCCUGUCGCAGAUGUCAGUGGUCUCUGGCACGCCCGUGCACAUCUUGGUGACACCCUCAGUCCACUCUGGGACCCCCUUAAGCAUCGCCUGGAGGUCUCCGAUCGUGGGCUCCCCCGGAGAGCCGGACUUGGCCACCCCUGAGCCCCAGGCCGAGCAGCUGGUCCUCGCGCUGCGGCGCUGGGCCACCCGCCACCGGCUGUCUGAGGUCCUGCUGCCCUUCUCCGCCCUGCCCGGGGUGCUCCUGCGCGCCUCCGCGCCCGCCGUGCUGCCCGGGCGGGCGCCGCUGCCGCUGGAGCGCACGGAGUGGUCCCGGGCGCAGUGGGUGGACCUGAGCGCCAUCGAUGCCCUCAACUUCUUCUGCGAGCAGCAGCGCGGCCAGCUGUGGGCCUCCCUGCAGGAGGCCCCGAGGGCCCGGGCCCGCCCUCAGACCGAGACCGCGGCCUGCGCCUCCCGCAGACGCCCAAGGCGGUGCUGCCUCAGCCGCCCCAGCGCCGGCCAGAGGCGGCCCGAGGACGCCUGGCGCGCGGACCGCCCCCUCCGGGAGCUGAAGCUGCCCCUGCCGCGCGUGGACCUGCGGCCCUUCCCCCCGGACUGGCCCCGGCCGGCGCGCCCCCGGCCCCCGCGGCCGCUGCAGCCCGCCCUGCAGCGCUACUUCGUGCCGGCGCGCGCGACCCCCGGCCCCGCCUCGGCCGCCCGCCCGGGCGCGGGGCGGGAAUAG